CAUGGUCUAUAUAAGACUCAGAAAUUAGAGUAUAUGUCUAUCAUACAGCCUCAGGAUGAACAAGCCACUAUUGUUUUUAGGUGUUGCCCUCCUGCUGCAUGUGCAGCUUGGAUCUUCCUUUAAACUGGUGUGCUACUUCACCAACUGGGCUCAGUACUACCCUGGAGUUGCCCAGUACAUGCCUGAUGAUAUCGAUCCUUGUAUGUGCACUCACCUGAUCUACGCUUUUGCAACCAUGACCAACAAUGAAAUCGCAAUUUUUGAACCAAACGACCCAACAUUUUAUGCCUCCUUCAAUGCACUAAAAAACUACAACAGUGAAUUAAAAACACUCUUGUCUGUUGGAGGCUGGAACUAUGGGACCUCUGGGUUCAACAAUAUGGUUUCCAGUCCCCAAAAUCGUCAGACAUUUAUUAAUUCUGUCAUUACCUUUCUGAGAAAGUAUGGAUUUGAUGGACUGGAUAUUGACUGGGAAUAUCCAGGGGAUUCAGACAGAGGAAGCCCCCCACAAACCCAAGAGCAAUUUUCAGUGCUCCUGCAGGAAAUGUAUAAUGCAUUUGUGCAGGAAGCUAGUCAGAGCAAUUUACCUCGGCUCCUCAUCUCUGCUGCAGUGUCUGCUGGAAUGUCCACAAUAGAAGCUGGAUACCAGAUACCGCAGCUCUCUCAGUAUCUGGACCUUAUCAAUGUAAUGACCUAUGAUCUCCGGGGCUCAUGGGAAGGGUUCACAGGUGAGGACAGUCCUUUGUUCCAGGGUCCUGCUGAUCAAGGUGGAUACAUCUAUUUCAAUGUGGAUUAUGCUAUGAACUACUGGAAAAACAAUGGUGCUGCACCAGAGAAGCUGAUGGUUGGGUUUCCAGCUUAUGGCCGAACAUUUACUCUUAGUGACCCUUCUAACAAUGGCCUUGGUGCCCCAACUUCUGGUGGUGGUCCUGCUGCCCCAUACACUCAAGAAUCUGGAUUUAUGGCAUACUUUGAGAUUUGUGACUUUUUGAAACAAGGUGCAACAGUGGUUUGGAAUGCCCCACAAGAUGUGCCUUAUGCUUACAAAGGAAGUGAAUGGAUUGGAUAUGACAAUAAGAAGAGUUUCCAGAUCAAAGCAGAAUGGCUGAUGAAGAACAACUUUGGUGGUGCUAUGGUUUGGGCACUUCCCUUGGAUGAUUUCAGUGGACAUUUCUGUGGUCAAGGAAAAUAUCCACUGAUGAAUACCUUAAAGUCGACAUUGGGAAUCUCAUUUCCAAAUUGUAAGGCACCUGCUAUAACAGUAGCACCCAACACAGGAGCACCUACAGAAGCAGCUACAACUGCCAGCGCAAGUGGCAGUGGAGGAAGUGGCAGUGGAAGUGGCAGUGGAAGCAGUAGUAGUGGGUUCUGUGUUGGAAAAUCCAGUGGUCUCUAUCCAAACCCCAGUAAUAAAAGUGGCUUUUAUCAUUGCGUCAAUGGAAUCACCUAUGAACAGUCCUGUCAGUCAGGUCUUGUAUUUGACACAAGUUGCUCAUGUUGCAACUGGCCAUGAAAAUGAGUGAAAAGGAAUGGCAACUGAGAAAAUGGCUUUUGUAUGAUGCAAAUAAACUGAUUUCUGGAAAAAGGGUUAAUGCUGUGUGAUUCAGGGGAAACUGCUUAAUUUGUGUGAAAAUCCAGCAAAACAAAGUAUACAGCCAAAUACAAAUCCUAUCUGAGGUACAUUAAACUGUCCAAUUAGUAUUCUUUCUUCUGUGGUAAAUAUAAAUAGAUUGUGACAAGAUUGAGACAUGAGAAGUGGAAAAAAUGAACACAUCUUAUUUUUUUUCCCCUGAAUCUUGCCACAGUGCAAUUUACAUGUUGUGCAUUGAUGCACUUUGAGAAUGUAACAAAAAACAAUUAACUCUGUAUGCAGGACUGGCUACAUUGGCAAGUGGGCAUACAGGGUCCCCUAAAUUGACCAUAGAUUGUCAGUCAUUCAGAAUGUGAAAGGUAGGAGUCAUGCUGUUGGAUGCACAAAUAUUUAAUCUAAAGGGCUGGGCACACCUAUUUUGUGCCUCUGAGAUUUGAUUAAAUUGAGCUCUAAAUAAUUAUUAAACUAUUAAUAAAAUUGCAACCUAAAAUCA